AUGAAAAUCAUUAUCAACGCAACUCGCCUUCGCACCAUUUCGGACGGCUCAUCCAGCAUCCCAACCGGUUUGCCUAUGGUCAAGAACAGGCCCUUGCAUGCUGAUAGACCUCGGCAACCUGCUGUGACUCUAGCGGCAUCGGUCGUUAUUGCCAAACGAAACCGCGAUUCAAAGAUUGCGAAAAAGCAGCGCAAAAGUACGACUACUAGUACGGCUGGUGCCAUUCAGCAUCAUUCCAGGACAUCCAGCAACAAGAAGCCCUUUUGCCUUGAUUUCAAUGGCAAUUGGCGAAGUGAGGCCGACAUGCCAGCACGAAGAAUAAUCAUCCAGAAAAUAGUUCGCAGUAUUCGUACACGAAGGCCAUAUGCACCCCAGUUGCUCAAGAGGCAACUUCCAAUGAUCGUCAAGAGAAUAGAGGAGGCCUUGUAUAAGAAUGCCCCGUCGAUGGAAAUAUAUUCGGACCAUUCCACUUUGGAGCUCCGGUUGGAAAUUUUGGCCCGUCAAGUACAGGAACAGGCAGCCGCUACUAGGAAUCAACAUUAG